UGUUUAGACGACCGUCGAGACAGGAGUUUCAGUCAGUUUAGUGAUCGCAGUAGAAGAAAAGUAAAGAUGCAGAUAUUAUGCACUAGUCAGGUGCGUUUGGAUGGCAAAAUUGCCAUUAUAACAGGUGCGAACACCGGAAUCGGCAGGGAAACCGCUAGAGAUUUUUACAGAAGAGGCGCGAGAGUGAUCUUGGCCUGUCGAAACGUUGAGAAAGCAAAUGCCGCGAUUGAAGAUAUAAAGCGUAAUCCAUUUCCGAGCGCUCCUAGUAAACUAUUGGAAGGCAAAAAUAAGCUAGGCAAUCUUGCGAUUUAUCAGCUGGAUCUCUCUAGCUUUAAAAGCGUAAGAAAAUGCGCUAAAAUGUUAUUGAGAGAGGAAUCGGCCAUUCAUAUAUUAGUAAAUAAUGCCGGUAUGAUGUUCACUCCGUACGAGAUAACUGAGGAUGGAUUCGAGAUACAGCUGCAAUCGAAUUAUCUUGGACAUUUCCUCUUGACGUUGUUAUUAUUACCGAAAAUGCAAUCGUCCGGUCCUGGCUGCAGAAUAGUCAACGUAUCAUCACUUGCUCACAUAUUUGGCCAAAUACAUUACGAUGAUAUAAAUCUGGAAAAAUCAUAUUCGUACAUUCGUCCUUGGAAGGCAUAUAUGCAAAGCAAACUGGCGAACAUAUUAUUUACGAAGGAACUUGCACAUCGAUUGGAAGAGGCGAAAAUUAGUGGAAUAAACGUAUAUUCUUUACAUCCUGGUGUCAUAAGAACCGAAUUGAGUCGAAACUAUAAUAGGACGAUAAUUCCGGGUGCAACGUUUUUUGUUCAAUAUAUUAUGCGCCCAUUUAUUAAAAAUCCGGAACAAGGAGCUCAAACAACAAUAUACUGUGCGGUUGAUGAAAAGACAGCUAAUGAGACUGGUCUCUAUUACUCAGAAUGCCGUGUUACCAAUCCAAAAUCGAUUGCAAGGAAUGACCAAGAAGCCAAAAAAUUAUGGAAUUACACUUGCCAACUUCUACAAUUAGAAUUAAAUGAAGACUUUUCUGCAUUUUUGGAAACUGUCUCGCUCCAACUUGAUAAAUAAUAUUUCUUUGAAUGGAUUGUCAUGGGUAACACACAUGAUUUUUCUGCCGCAUUAGGCAGAUGUUUACAAUAUGUGACGUAUAAAGAUACAAAGAAUAACGAUAGAAUAUAAAUAAUUUUCACAAAUAUAAAUUAGAUCUAAUAAAGAUGCAUAAAUGUUCCUACUAUAUUUUAACAAAAUAAGAUGUCAAAUUAAUGUAACAUGUUACAUGUGUCUCUUUUUGAGAUACUAUGCGAUUGUCACUGCUAAAAAAGAGAAUAAUAAUAAUAACAAAAAAAAACACUUUAAACAUUAAAUGUCCAAAACAAUUA